CUGAUUUCCAUGUUGUAACCCGGUUGUAACACCGACAUGGUGAAGAUUAGAUUUGUUUAUCUUUUUAGACGUUAAACAGACUUAUAGCUACAAUGGACGAUCGUCCGCUAGACCUGACUCAGGCACAGAAAGUUGUUAAGUCGAAAUAUCCGCCAAUCAACAAGAAAUAUGAAUAUUUGGAUCAUACAGCAGAUGUACAAAUUCAUUCCUGGGGAGACUCUCUGGAAGAAGCCUUCGAGCAAUGUGCCAUGGGCAUGUUUGGCUACAUGACGGACACAGAGACAGUGGAGCCAAUUGAUACCGUUGAAGUGGAGUCACAGGGUGACGACAUGGAGUCUCUUCUCUUCCAUUUCCUAGAUGACUGGUUAUACAAGUUUUGUGCAGAUCUCUUCUUCGUUCCCAGGGAAGUCAAAGUGGUGCACAUAGACAGAAUGCAUUUCAAGAUCCGCUCCAUUGGGUGGGGUGAAGAAUUCUCUCUGGAGAAGCAUCCACAGGGAACAGAGGUGAAAGCCAUCACAUACUCUGCAAUGCAGAUCCAUGAUAAAGAAAAACCAGAGAUAUUUGCCAUUGUUGAUAUCUGAUGACAGCUCCAGAGGGAGAUCACACUCCUGGUUCUAUGGAACUGGAAUAUCUACAUGGCCAGUUUAAGUGGCCUUUUUAUGUAAGGCACUGAUUAUUGACUUGUAAUAUCAGGUUUUCUACUUCUAGGGUGAACUGUUUAUGACUGACGGAUUACAGAUUAAUUAUAUGACGCUGGUAUUUCAUGAGAUACACUAUUUCAGAAAUCAUAAUAACUUUCAAUCUAAAUGAGGAAUAGUAGCAUGGAACCGAACUCUUAAAUUAAAGUCAUUAUUGAAAAGUAAAAAUUUGAUUUAAGAGUGUAAUGUUUUUUGUUGACCCAGUUUUACUUGAAAUGCUUUUGCAAAUUCUUUUUCAAAAUUGAAAUUGUGUUGAUGCCUUACUGAUCACUGUAAAUAAAUCAACAAAUGUUUAUUUUUCUUGGGCGAUUAAAUGGUUGCUGGAACAUUAAAUUAAAAUUAAAUCUCACUUUUGAAUAUUUUGUGGAUAUUAAGUCCUUCUGAGGGACACAGCCUUUACUUUUGAGAAAAGAAUUAAAUAACAAAUAUCCAAAACAAAUAAUGCCCAUAUGUCACAUACACAACAUAGCAACAUAUUAGAAACUGUCUCACAUUCUAUAUGAAUUAUUUAAACAUAUAUACCAGCCUGUAUAUAUAUAUAUAUAUAAAUGUGAGUUGAUCUGUUCUUUUGUUCACAACACUAUGGUUGAUGCAAGUUGUUCAGUCAGGUCAGCCAAUAUUUAAAGUUGUGCACACAAGCACACAAAUAUAGGAUUGUGAACUUCAUGGUCUGUGUCUAUAACUGUUCAUAUUGAAAUCUGAGAAUAUGUAACCUUGAAAGGAAAAAUGCUUCCAUUAAGUCAACACAAAAGAAGAGCAGGGGGUUUUCUUUUGCAGUACAUGGGCUGAAUGCCAAAGUGCAACAGAUUGAUUGCCAUCUGAGAAAUAUGCUAUAUUAUAAGUCUGAGUGCAUGUUGUGCUUGUAUUAACAGUCAGAGGAGGUCAAUUAAAAUUGGUGUUGAGAGAUUCAUUCACAAAAGUCUACUGUCAACUUGUUAGUCAUUACUAGUACAUUACUCCUAUGUAAAACUCUGGGUUGGAAAGUUAUGUCUUAUGUGUGUUUGCAACCACAGUCUAUGUGGUCAUCAUGGAAUGUGGGUUUGGGUAAACUUGCAGCUCUCACUUCAAGCCUCCAAUCAAACCACAUCAAUAAGGCCAGCAAGAGCCUCACCUCAGAGGCUCAACCAGAGGAGAAAAAUGGUACCUGACAGACAUGAUCACAGCAAAUCCUGCGCAGGGAAACAUCAAAUGCAAUACCAGCAUAUUCAAGAAAAUACUUUUGUGCACUACAUAAUAGAGAAGGUUCAUGGCUGUGCUUGUGAUUUAACUGACCAAUCCCAGGCAGUUUCUCACAGCUGUUCUGAAUAAAUGCCUCAUCUGAAAGUAAUCUAAAGCAAUGGUGUGUGGAUGAUGAUAAAAAAAAAAAACAAAGUUCCCGUUAAAACAUUGUGGAGGAUAACAGUUUAACUAAUCUUUAUUGUCACCUACCAUAUACAUGCACAAUGCGUUCAACAACAGUAAGUAGUGUAGCGCAAGGAUAACGCAAAAUUUGAGGCAGAAAAAAAGUAGUAGGCAGUAAUCAAUCUUUGCCAAAUGGUGGAAUAUGCUGAAAGAAAGAAAGAAGAAACGUGCAUGGCAACAUAAAAUGCAGUUGCUCUGGAAAAAGUUUAAACUUAAGUACAAAUAUGUCUCUGGGCCAAAUUAGCAAUUGAACACUAACU